AUGGUUGGCCUAGUCCCCGGAUUAGUCCUGUCUCUAGGCGUGCUCGUGGCCAAGGCUAACUUAUUUGGUGUCCGGGACGACCUCCAUUUUUCGCUGGAGGCUCGACAAGAAAAUAGAGAUGGUUCCCGCCCGGUGUACAAGAAUCCCAGGGCAUCAAUCGAAGCACGGGUGAAUGACUUACUCCCUUGUAUGACGCUCGAGGAAAAGGUCGCCCAAUUAAUUCAGGGCGAUCUGAAUGGAUGGAUGAACAUGAAUGAUCCGUUGGACAAUACCCUGGUGUUCAAUCAGACGGGCUUAGAAGAAAUGAUGCGCCAAAAAGGUGGCUCGAUAUGGGGUGGCUACCUCGUACCCUACGAGAAAUUCGUUUUUGCCGUCAAUUCAGAAGGUCUACACGGUUUUACCAAUAACGGGACCAUCUUCCCUUCGCCUAUUGGACUCGCUGCAACAUUUGACACAGACCUCAUGAAGAAGGUAGCUAGUGUUAUUUCGACCGAAGCUGAGGGGCUAGGAAUCAACCAUAUCUUUGCACCUGUGUUGGAUCAAGCUCGAGAGCUUCGGUGGGGUCGAGUUGAGGAAGGUUUCGGGGAAGACCAUUACCUCACUGGCGAGAUGGCCCUAGCUUAUGUGGAAGGGCUACAAUCCGGCAAACGUCGUAAUGCGAGCACGACAGCAGUCGCAAGAACGGCUGCGACUUGCAAACACUUUGCUGCUUUCGGGAGUCCUCAAGGAGGCUUGAACCUUGCCCCGGUGGCUGGCGGUGAGCGUGAACUUCGAACCGUACACCUACGGGCUUUGGAAAGAGCGUGUAUGGAGAGUAUGACCAUCAUGACGGCUUACUCAAGUUACGACGGUAUUCCUGCUAUUGCGAACAAUCAUCUCCUUAUUGACAUUCUCCGGAAAGAAUGGGGCUAUAAGUAUUGGGUCGUCUCCGACGCUGGGUCCGUCGACCUUCUAAUUACCCUUCAUGGUACAUGUUCCACGAGAGAAUGCGCAGCUAAAACAACGCUCGAGAAAGGCUUGUCUGGGGAGAUGGGUGGUGGAAUGUAUACAUACUUGACAUUGCCCGACCAAAUCAGAGCGGGACAAGUUGACAUCAAGGCCCUGGAUGCCACUGUGAAGUAUAUGCUUCGCACCAAAUUCUCUCUAGGUCUUUUCGAAAAUCCUUACCCGUACGAGGACUACCUUUCAUUGCUUCGCACUCCCGAGUCGCAGGAAACCCUUCUUGCGUCUGACCGCGAGUCCAUUGUCUUGCUCGAGAACCGCCAAAACACACUACCGCUAUCGAAGAACUUUGGGUCCGUCGCGUUGAUCGGCCCUCACGCCGAUAGAGUAUCAUUCGGUGACUAUGUCUUCUUCAAUGCCACUCUCAACGGCGUCAGCCCACUCGCUGGGUUCCGCCAAGUUCUCGCAGACACCCAAGUACAAAUCAAUUACGCCGAGGGCUCAAAACUUUGGUCAAAUGACCGAUCUGGAUUUGACGACGCGGUGAAUGCAGCACAAUCGUCCGAUGUUGCGAUCGUUAUAGUAGGGACGUGGUCAUUGGACCAAACCCUCCUAUGGACGCCGGGUACCAAUGCAACAACGGGAGAACACGUCGACGUGCACGACCUGGCGCUAGUCGGUGCGCAACUGGAUCUUGUGAAAGCCGUGGAGGCAACAGGAAAGCCUACUAUAGUUGUCUUUGUCAGCGGUAAACCCGUCGCGGAGCCGUGGAUUCAAGCUCGUGGUCAUAUGGACGCCGAUGCAGUCAUUCAGCAGUUCUACCCCGGGGAGAAGGGUGGAUUGGCGCUAGCCGAGAUUGUCUUCGGAGAUGUUAAUCCAUCAGGUAAAUUGCCAGUGUCUUUCCCUCGCGAUGUCGGGACAACGCCAGUGUUCUACAAUUACCUGAAGGGAAGCCGGCCCUUGGAUUCCGGGAGUGUUCUAGAUGACGGCACACUUCGCUUCGGACACCAAUACAUUCUCGACAGCCCAGUGCCUCUGUGGAGCUUCGGACACGGCUUGAGUUACACCACAUUUAGCUACUCCAACAUAGCAGUCUCGCCGUCGACCGUUAGUAAGAACGGCAAGUUCACCGUCAGCGUUACUGUCAGCAACACAGGCGCUGUGGCCGGAAAGGAGGUGGUUCAGAUUUACGUUACUGACCUCGUAGCGUCGGUGGUCACGUCAAACCAAGAACUUGUUGGUUUCCAGAAAGUGGACAUACCUGCUGGAGAGUCUAAGACGGUUUCGAUUGACAUCCAAGCAUCGCAAGGUUUAAUGAAGACGAAUCCAGCCUCAUCCAAGCUUAGUGGUUUGAAUUUCACUGAUGUGCACACGGAACGACGGAAACUUCUCAGUAAUUAUGCGGACGGUGUGGAUUCCUUCGAUUCACGCAGACAAGCUUACCCCCCCCCCGAACAUGUGCGUCUAAUCGAACUGAAAGCGACGGAAGAGCGGAGGAAGGAGGAGUGUGAAGGAAUGGAGCACUACGAUGCAAAUGUGGAUCGCGGAUCGCCGGAAAUCCACACACCCCCGUUGAUCGUCAUCAACGCCGACGUUAGUACACAGACGAGCACCCCACCGACCGUCGAGGUCCUGACUUGGCUCUUUCUGGACGACUUGGACAGUUCUACCCCCAGACGCGUCCUUGCACUUGAGUUUACGUCGCCUCACUCCCUUCCUACCAUCGACCGCCCUUUAGUCACUGCAAUAUCUUCAAUUGAGGUCCAGCGCGAGAUCGUCAACAUGUUGCCAUUGGUGUGCAACGACGCUGUCGCUAUUCUCUUCAUGUUCGAUCUUUCACGGAAAUCGACACUGAAUUCAGUGAAGGGAUGGUAUCGGCAAGCGCCGGGUUUCAAUAAAACCGCGAUUCCAUUUCUGGUAGGCACGAAAUUCAAUACCUUCGCUACCUUUCCGCGAGACGAGCAAGAAGAGAUAACGAAACAGGCGAAGUGUUUCGCCCGGGCGAUGCACGCAUUCCUCGUCUUGCAUGCCGAGGGGCCAACAAUCUCUGAUUGA